AUGUCUCCAUGGCUCUCUGAGCUCUCUUGCUCUUCGUCGGCAGUUAUAGAACCAACAUCUUCUCUUCCAGUUGCAAUCCAAUGGCUGAGAUUUGUUUUCCUCUCUCCAUGCCCUCAACGUGUUCUCUUCUCCGCCGUAGAUCUUCUAUUCCUCGUCGUCCUCCUCUGUUUCGCCCUUCACAAGCUCUUCUCUUCUUCUUCCACCACUCAUACCGAAACCAACGGAAACUCGGAGAUUAGGAAACCUCUAAUCGGAAACCAUGAAAGAAUCCAAACCAGAACAACCGCUUGGUUCAAAACGACGGUCAUAGCCACCGUUUUACUGCCUUUAUUCUCCGUCGGGCUCUGCGUUUUGGCUUUCACGGGGAAGCGACCGACUCAGAGACCAUGGAAUCUCAUAAAUCCUCUGUUUUGGCUCAUUCACGCCGUCACAAACGUCGUCGUUGCGGUUCUCGUCCUCCAUGAGAAGAGAUUCGCAGCGUUGAAUCAUCACUUGUCUCUAAGAAUCUAUUGGGUUUCAAGCUUCGUCGUCACAGCUCUCUUCGCCGUAACCGGAGUUUUCCAUUUGGUCGCCGCGAGUCUGAAAGCAGAAGACUUUGCUUCCUUCUUCUCCUUCCCAUUAACCGCCUUUCUUCUCAUCGUCUCCGUCAGAGGAACCACCGGACUGGUCACAACGGUGACGGAUGGGAACAACAGUCCUACGAAACCACACGAUGCCGUUUUGGAGAAAUCCGACAACGUCUCUCUCUACGCAUCUGCCUCUGUUUUCUCUAAGUUGUUUUGGUUUUGGAUGAAUCCUUUACUUAGCAAAGGAUACAAAUCGCCAUUGACGUUAGAGCAAGUCCCGACUCUGUCUCCAGAGCACAAAGCAGAGAAGCUCGCGCUUCUCUUCGAAUCGAGCUGGCCCAAACCGUCGGAGAAUUCGAGCCACCCUGUCCGAACGACACUAGUUCGAUGUUUCUGGAAGGAGAUCCUCUUCACGGCGAUACUAGCAAUCGUCCGUCUAUGCGUCAUGUACGUAGGCCCUGUUCUCAUACAGAGCUUCGUCGAUUUCACCUCCGGCAAGAGAUCCUCUGCGAUGCAGGGUUACUACCUCGUCCUCGUCCUCCUCGUCGCCAAAUUCGUGGAGGUUUUAACGACUCAUCAGUUCAAUUUCAAUUCUCAGAAGCUUGGGAUGGUUAUAAGGUCAACUCUAAUCACUGCAUUGUACAAGAAAGGUUUAAAGCUCACCGGCUCGGCGCGUCAGGACCACGGUGUUGGACAAAUCGUGAACUACAUGGCCGUGGACGCACAACAGCUCUCUGACAUGAUGCUUCAGCUCCACGCAAUCUGGCUUAUGCCUUUACAAGUGACUGUUGCGCUAGUGCUUCUCUACGGAAGCCUAGGCGCGUCUGUCGUGACCGCGAUCAUUGGCCUGACCGGAGUUUUUGCGUUCAUCCUAUGGGAAAAUAAGAGACAUAACGGAUUCCAAUUUAGCUUGAUGGGAGAACGAGAUUCUCGGAUGAAGGCUACCAACGAGAUGCUUAAUUAUAUGCGAGUGAUCAAGUUUCAGGCUUGGGAGAAUCAUUUCAACAAAAGGAUCCUCAAAUUCAGGGACUUGGAGUUUGGUUGGCUCUCUAAGUUUCUUUACUCGAUAGCCGCCAACAUCAUUGUUCUCUGGAGCACGCCGGUGCUUAUUUCUGCGCUCACGUUCACUACCGCGCUUGUCUUGGGAGUCAAGCUUGACGCUGGGACUGUGUUCACCACCACGACCAUUUUCAAGAUCUUGCAAGAACCCAUCAGAACGUUUCCUCAGUCUAUGAUAUCUCUCUCGCAGGCAAUGAUCUCUCUUGGGAGACUGGAUUCGUACAUGAUGAGCAAAGAGCUAUCGGGAGAGGCCGUGGAAAGAGCAUUAGGGUGUGAUGGUAGUACCGCGGUGGAGGUUAGAGAUGGAAACUUUAGUUGGGAUGAUGAGGACAGCGACCCUGCACUCAAAGACAUCAACUUUAAGAUCAGGAAAGGAGAGCUCACGGCGAUAGUUGGAACCGUUGGUUCGGGGAAAUCUUCUUUGUUAGCUUCGGUUCUUGGCGAAAUGCACAAAAUCUCGGGCCAGGUGAGGGUUUGUGGGAGCACAGGUUAUGUUGCACAGACAUCGUGGAUCCAGAACGGGACAGUUGAGGACAACAUAUUGUUUGGUCUUCCGAUGGUUAGAGACAAGUACAACAAAGUUCUCAAUGUUUGUUGUUUAGAAAAGGACCUGCAAAUGAUGGAGUUUGGUGAUCGGACUGAGAUUGGAGAACGCGGAAUCAACCUCAGCGGAGGGCAGAAGCAGCGUAUCCAGCUCGCACGUGCAGUCUACCAAGAAUGCGAUGUAUACUUGCUUGACGAUGUUUUCAGCGCCGUGGAUGCUCAUACCGGUUCGGACAUAUUCAAGAAAUGUGUGAGAGGGUCUUUGAAAGGCAAAACAAUCUUGCUCGUAACACAUCAAGUGGAUUUCUUGCACAACGUUGACUGCAUUUUGGUUAUGCGGGAGGGAAAGAUUGUCGAAUCAGGAAGAUACGACGAACUAGUCAGCUCCGGGUUAGAUUUCGGGGAGCUCGUGGCUGCGCACGAGACAUCAAUGGAGCUAGUUGAAGCUGGUGCAGACUCUGCUACAGCAGCAGCAACAAUCGCGACAUCCCCAAGAACACCAAUGUCUCCCGGUGGAAGUUCUCCGAGAACGUCCAUGGAGUCUCCUCACUUAAGUGAUCUGAACGAUGAACACGUCAGGUCAUUUCUUGGUUCUCAAAUAGAAGAUGGCUCGAAGCUCAUCAAAGAGGAAGAAAGGGAAACUGGACAGGUUAACCUACAAGUUUACAAACAGUACUGCACCGAGGCCUAUGGCUGGUGGGGUGUUGUGCUUGUGGCGUUCUUCUCUCUGACAUGGCAGGGUUCUCUGAUGGCGGGCGAUUACUGGCUCGCCUACGAAACAUCGGGCAAGAAUGCAACUUCAUUUGAUGCCUCUGUUUUCAUUCGUGUAUAUGCCAUUAUUGCACUUGUUUCCAUCGUUUUGGUGACCAUCCGGUCAUAUUACGUGACCCACUUGGGACUCAAGACGGCUCAGAUCUUCUUCCGGCAGAUUCUUAACAGUAUCUUACACGCUCCCAUGUCGUUCUUCGACACCACGCCAUCGGGGAGAAUUCUCAGUCGGGCAUCGACUGAUCAGAGCAAUGUUGAUCUCUUCAUUCCAUUCAUACUCGGACUUGUGCUCUCAAUGUACACCACUCUACUGAGCAUUUUCAUAGUUACUUGCCAAUACGCUUGGCCAACUACAUUUUUUGUGAUUCCCCUUGGAUGGAUUAACAUCUGGUAUCGGAACUAUUACCUCGCGUCUACCCGUGAGUUAACUCGCCUGGACUCGAUCACUAAGGCCCCCGUCAUCCACCAUUUCUCAGAAAGUAUAGCCGGAGUGACCACAAUCCGAUCAUUCAGGAAACAAGAAUUGUUUAGGCUAGAGAAUGUGAAACGUGUCAACGCCAAUCUCAGGAUGGACUUUCACAACAAUGGCUCAAAUGAAUGGCUCGGGUUUCGGCUAGAGCUGAUGGGAAGCUGGGUGCUCUGUAUCUCGGCUCUGUUUAUGGUAAUGUUACCGAGUAACGUUAUCAGACCAGAGAAUGUAGGGCUGUCUCUUUCCUACGGACUAUCCUUGAACUCGGUUCUGUUCUUCGCCAUAUACCUGAGCUGCAUUGUCGAGAACAAGAUGGUUUCUGUUGAAAGGAUCAAACAGUUCAGUGUAAUUCCCUCAGAAGCCGCGUGGGAGAGAAAAGAGAACCAACCACCUUCGAAUUGGCCCUUCUAUGGGAAUGUACAUCUCGAAGACCUCAAGGUUCGCUACAGACCGAACACUCCACUUGUGCUCAAGGGAAUCACUCUGGAUAUCAAAGGAGGAGAGAAAGUCGGUGUGGUUGGACGAACGGGAAGCGGGAAAUCGACUUUGGUCCAAGUCUUGUUCAGGCUUGUAGAACCAUCAGAAGGGAAGAUAAUCAUCGAUGGGAUUGAUAUAUGCACUCUAGGUCUACAUGAUCUCAGGUCAAGAUUUGGAAUCAUCCCUCAAGAACCUGUACUCUUUGAAGGAACCGUGAGGAGCAACAUCGAUCCAACAGAGCAAUACUCUGACGAAGAAAUCUGGAAGAGCCUAGAACGAUGCCAACUCAAGGAGGUUGUUGCUGCAAAGCCUGAGAAGCUUGAUUCUUUGGUGGUUGAUAAUGGGGAGAACUGGAGCGUAGGGCAGAGACAGCUUCUAUGUUUAGGGAGGGUGAUGCUAAAACGUAGCAGACUUUUGUUCCUAGACGAAGCAACUGCAUCAGUAGAUUCUCAGACAGAUUCUGUGAUACAGAAGAUCAUAAGAGAAGACUUCGAAUCGUGCACUAUCAUAAGCAUCGCUCACCGGAUUCCCACUGUCAUGGACGGGGAUCGAGUCCUGGUCAUAGACGCAGGGAAAGCGAAAGAGUUCGACAGUCCGGCUCGUUUGCUGGAGAGACAGUCUCUGUUUGCGGCGUUGGUGCAAGAGUACGCUCUCCGAUCUGCCGGAAUAUGA